AUGGUGGAUCCAGUCCCCCAUAAUGUUAGAAAGCUAUGGGAAAUCUGGAACAUACGUACUUCUGUUAUGUUCAGUCUCUUUCUGCAGACAUUUCUCAUAUUCUUUGCCCCUUUCAGGAAACGCACAGCAAACAAGAUUGUGAACAUGCUCAUCUGGUCAGCUUAUUUACUUGCUGAUGCAACUGCAGUUUUUGCUAUUGGACUCAUUUCCAACACCCAAAAUUCUCCUACGCCUUCUGCCUACCCGGAUAACAAUGACCUCCUUGCUUUUUGGGCUCCAUUUCUUCUGCUGCAUCUUGGUGGCCCAGACACCAUCACUGCUUUCGCCCUCGAAGAUAACGAAUUGUGGCGCAGGCACUUGCUGCAACUCGUGUUCCAGAUCGUGGCUACAGGUUACGUCUUCAUUCUAACUAUUCCGGGAAAUAAAGUAAUUAUUCCUUCGUUACUUUUGUUUCUUGGCGGUAUUAUCAAGUACUUGGAGCGAACUUGUUCCUUAUAUCUUGCCAAUGCGGAUAGGAUCAGAGAAUCUGUAGUCAAAGAUCUGGACUUUCUGAUCAUGGCCGAGUUAAUGAAGGAAUACUCAAACAAAAAACAGGAUUUCUACCCGGUAGGAAUCAACAGCGUUGGAGGAUUCAGCACCAGCCUAUCUCAAUCAGAAACUAUAAACCUGAAUGAUCUGCAGCUUGUGCAAGAAGCUUAUGAUUUCUUUCAAGAAUUCAAAGGAGUUAUUGUGGAUUCUAUCUUCACCUUGGAUGAGUUGAUAAAGAGCAGACGUUUCUUCAACAACACAAAUGCAGAAAAUGCUUUGACAGUAUUAGAAACAGAGCUUAACUUCAUCUAUGACAUUAUGUUUACGAAGGCCGCAGUAGUGCAUUCAAAGUUGGGAUAUUUUUUUCGGUUUGUAUCUUUUAGUUCAACUAUUGCAGCCCUGGCUGUAUUUUAUUUCCAGGUAAAAAAACACGGUUUCAAUGAGUUUGAGGUUUGGAUUACUUAUGCCUUGCUGUUUGGUGCCAUAGGACAGGAUAUAUUAGCCUUUUUCAUGGGCAUUUUCUCAGAUUGGACGAUGGCUUUGCUCAAAUCAAUUGACUGGGCAGCACCACUCUUCAGUAAAAUCUCGUACCUCAAGCAAGCAAAAUGGUAUGUCUCUAAAACAACGCCAGAACACAUGAAUUUCGCUACAUCAAUUCUGUUCCGUAGGUGGUCUGGUUCUAUCUUAGGCCAUAACUUGAUACGAUACAGUCUCAAAGGUCGUCGUCCAAACAGAACUACCAAGUGCAUUGGUAUUCUUGUAUAUCCCAUUCACUACUUGCUUAUUUUAAUGGAAAGAACGACAGAUUUGUUGGGCUGCACAUCUUGUGUAGAUGAGAUAAUGCAUGUUUCGAAGCAUAAAAUUACGAAACAGCUUUGGGAAUUUAUCUUCGCAGAGAUGCAAAAAAAAUCCAAGUUCGUCAAUAAUGGAGAAAAGGCGAAGGAGAUAUUUUCUGCUAGAGGUGAAUGGAUUCUCAAACAUGCUCAUAGAAAUCACAGCGAAUUAUUACUGCCUUUCAUUCUGAAGUUUACUUACGAUGAAAGCCUUCUAGUGUGGCACAUUGCGACUGAGCUGGUAUACAAUACUGAUGAAACCGAUGCUGAAGAACAUGCGAGAGAAUUCAGUAAGAUCAUGUCUGAUUACAUGUUGUAUCUUCUCAUUAUGCAACCUACUAUGGUUGCAGCUGCAGGUGGUAUUGGAAAAAUAAAUUUUGGCGAUGGUUCGGGUGAUGUGGGUAAACUACGAGUUGAAGAUACUUUAGCCGAAGCCAGAAGACUUUUGAAAGUAAGGGUACUGGAAUUGGACGAGCAAGUACGAGAAGUGUGUCGUGAUUUUCUCAGCGUGAAUACAGAUGUUCAUCCCGUGUCCGUUAAGGGAGAUAAAAGCAAGUCUUUGCUAUUUGAUUCAGUUGUUUUGGCUAAAAAACUUUUGAAUUUGAGGGAGGGGAAAUGGAAAAUAGUAAGCAAAAUAUGGGUGGAAUUGCUGGCGUAUGCUGCAAGUCACUCCAGAGGAAAUGCUCAUGUCCAGCAGCUAAGCAAAGGUGGAGAGCUUCUUACGAUUGUUUGGCUAUUGAUUUCUCAUAUUGGACUAGGGGAUCUCAAGGAUGUGUAA